CUUAAUUUAGGGGCCUCUGGGUUCAACCUUUUAGGUGUCAGCAGCAGAAACAUGAGGGCGCAGAGCCUCCUCCUCCUGGUGGCCCUCCUGGCUUUGGGGAGCCACCUGCCUGCUGCCUUGGGUAGGAGGAAGAGAGAGAAAUCUGGGGGCUGCCCACCAGAUGAUAGGCCCUGCCUCCUCUCUGUGCCUGAUCAGUGUGUGGACGACAGCCAGUGUCCCUUAAGGAUGAAGUGCUGCCACCAAGCUUGCUUCCGCCAGUGUGUCCGGAAGGUCUCACUAAAGAAGGGUGGCUGCCCCGAGGACCGAAUGCGCUGCCUUAGCCCAGUGCAGCACCUGUGCUUCAAGGACUCAGACUGCCAGGGCCUCAAGCGAUGCUGCCUUGGCGCCUGUGGCCGGGACUGCCGAAACCCUGUCGGAGGCUAAUUCUGGUUUAGGAGCCACUGCUCUGAAUCUCAGGAUGGGGUUCCCAACAGGAAGAUAUGAUGAAGGUGGGGGGCUGGGAACCUGCCACCCAGAAAGCACCCUCUGCCAGUGGCAAUUCCAACCUUGUGAUAAACACUGAUCUGCUGUCACUCCCCCUGCCACCCAUCCCCCACCCCUCUUACUUCCUCCUGGGAGUCAAGGUCUACAGCCAGACCUCAAGGACUCCUCUCUGUCGUCCUGCACCACUGCCGCAUUGAGCUUCUCAGCCUUCCUAACACCCUCUUUCACAUCUCUUUGGAGAUGUAUUCCUUCCACCUGAAAUGCCCAGCUCAGGUGGGCCCCUCUUUGUGGAGUCCUGACCCCUCUUUCGGCAGCACAACCACCCCAAACGUAUGUUCUAGCAGAAUUUUCCAAAAGUCAAUCUAUUCACAUACCCGUUUCACAGUUUUCUCCAUACCUGCCAAACAGCAUCACGGCAUUUUGUGUAGUGCCCGUACUACCAUUUACCUAAGGUGUUUCUUUAAAUGGACUCACUUUUGUAUACGAAUAAAUUUAUUUCAAAAGAAAAACUUGAUGUCACUAAAUGGGAUAAGAA